AUGUCCAUCUGUCCUGCCUCCCUGCGCUCUUCCGCCCCCCUGCGCCUCUCAUGCUCCCCUGUGUGCGUCCGUGCGUCGUGCCAGGCGGUGAUCGCGGCUCUGCCUCGGGACAGCCACCCCAUGGGUGUGCUCACAGGGGCGCUCUGCGCGCUCUCCUCCUUCCACGCCGAUGCCAACCCUGCUCUCCAGGGCCAAGACCUGUACAAGUCCAAGGCCGUUCGCAACAAGCAGAUCGUGCGAGUUCUCGGCAAGGUGCCCACCAUAGCAGCAGCAGCGUACCUGCACAUGGCGGGGCGGCCUCCUGUGGCGCCUGCAGGCCACCUGUCGUAUGCUGAGAACUUCCUCUACAUGCUCGACUCCAUGGGCGACCGCUCAUACCGGCCGCACCCACGGCUGGCGAGGGCGGUGGACAUUCUCUUCAUCCUGCACGCGGAGCACGAGAUGAACUGCUCCACUGCCGCCGCUCGCCACCUCGCCUCCAGUGGAGUGGAUGUGUACACGGCGUUGGCAGGUGCUACUGGUGCUUUGUAUGGCCCGCUGCAUGGUGGGGCCAAUGAGGCGGUGCUGAAGAUGCUGAGCGAGAUUGGCAGUGCGGACAAGAUCCCCGAGUUCAUCCAGGGCGUCAAGGACCGCAAGCGCCGCAUGUCGGGGUUUGGGCACCGCGUGUACAAGAACUAUGACCCGCGCGCCAAGGUCAUCCGCGGGCUGGCCGAGGAGGUGUUCUCCAUUGUGGGGCGGGACCCGCUCAUUGAGGUGGCAGUGGCGCUGGAGCAGGCAGCGCUGUCGGACGAGUACUUCAUCAAGCGCAAGCUCUACCCCAACGUGGACUUCUACUCCGGCCUCAUCUACCGUGCGCUGGGCUUCCCCACGGAGUUCUUCCCGGUGCUCUUUGCCAUCCCGCGCAUGGUGGGGUACCUGGCGCACUGGAAGGAGUCUCUCGAUGACCCCGACACCCGCAUCAUGCGCCCCCAGGAGUGCUAUAUUGGGGAGUGGUUCCGCCACUACCAGCCAAUUGCCAUGCGCCCUCCCUCAGACGCAGAGGGGCUGGGUCAGAUUGCUGUGUCCAAUGCAACGAGGAGACGACUCGCUGCCAUCUCCUCCAAUAUGUGA